AUGACCACCUGCCUGCUAGAUGAUAAAUAUUGGCGAAUGAAGCCAUCUGCUGACAAACUGGAUGCGCUUGUCCUGAACCCCGAUCUCGCACCGCUCUUUAAACUCGUCAAAGCUGCCCGCAAUGGCGCCGUCUACGGUGCCAAAGUCCGGUUUCCGCACGCUCUGGUCUUCCGCGAGAAGAUCAAACUCGUCCUCAAGGCCACUCGACAGCACGCUCGUAACCUUGCGACAUUCGCCGUGAUCUACAAGAGCACGUUAUUUGCCCUGAAAUACCUGAAUCCAGCGGGCAGUGGAAAAGAGGGCCGGUAUGAUACCUUUGUCGCGGGAUUGCUGGGUGGAUAUAUCGUGUUCGGACGCAAUCCUGGCAGUAUCAGCCAGCAGAUCGUCAUCUAUGUCUUUGCUCGAGUGAUGCUGGCUCUUGCCAAGAUGGCAAUCCAGCCCAAUAUGCACCCGCUCUCGUCGCUGAUCACCCCAGAAGUCCGGACGAAAAUUAGCGAAAAUGCAUGGCCCGUCUUCGCCAGUCUCACCUGGGCCUUGGUCAUGUACAUUUUCCGCUGGUACCCUGAGAGCAUUGUAUCGAGUCUAAGAAGCAGCAUGACCUACAUGUAA